AUGACCAAUGUGAUCAAUUUAAUCAAUGUGAUUAAUGUGACCAAUGUGAUCAAUGUAAUCAAUAUGAUCAAUAUGAUUAACGUGAUCAAUAUGAUCGAUAUGAUCAAUAUGACCAAUAUGAUCAAUGUGAUCAAUGUGAUCAAUGUGACGAAU